AUUUUCAGUUCCAAGCGAGAUUUUCAUUUCAACAGACGUUGUUCUCCUUGCUGAAUAUUUCCAAAAAAAAGUUAGCUACUGCCACUUCAACAAUCAUAAACAAAAAAUAAAUAUUAGAAAUGGCUAAUCGACCAGUCUCAGCAUUGUCUCGUUAUGAAACGGAUUUAAUCAAUAAAAGUCGACGCGUUUUGGCAUCGGGACGAGUUGAAGAUUCAGUAGAAAAAUUACGUCAUUUGUGUUUAGCCAGAGGAGCUUCAGGCAUUCUUGGACUUGGAAGAUGUUUCCGUCGUAUCGAUGACAAUGGUGACAAAAAUUUGAGUCUUGAAGAAUUUGCCAAAGGCUUAAGUGACACUGGUCUUGAAGUGAGCGAUGAAGAAGUUCAGCAAAUCUUCUCUCAAUUCGAUAGCGAUGGGUCCGGGUCGAUUAACAUGACCGAGUUUUUGAUAGGAAUUAGACCUCACAUGUCAGAAUCACGUAAAGCAAUCGUCAAUCAAGCAUUUAAAAAAUUGGAUAAAACUGGCGAUGGAGCUAUUACAACAGACGAUUUGAAGAAUGUUUAUUCGGUCAGAAAUAAUCCUAAAUACAUGAGUGGAGAAGAAACAGAAGAACAAAUUUUAAAUAAAUUUCUGGCCAAUUUUGAAGCUGGAGGUGUAGUUGACGGAACAGUAACUCAGGAAGAAUUUGAAAAUUAUUAUGCGGGAGUCAGUGCCUCAAUUGACAAUGACGGAUAUUUUGAUCUCAUGAUCAGACAAGCUUAUAAGCUAUAGAUAAACCAGGAACUUCUUUAACACUAUCGUGUUGUCUUUAACAAAAUCGACUUAACAGUGCCAUCUUUUAAAAUGUUUUUACGUGCUUUUGAGCUUCAUCAAAUGAAAAAAUGUAGGAAAGCAAAGGAAAGAAUUAAAAUUUCAUUACAUGUUUUGCAAGAAUUAUACUUAAGGGAAAGUUUUUCAGUCAAUGCUUUAAUUUUUCAAAGUUUAACUAUGCACACUUCUAUUUGAAAAGUUCACAUAAUCAAAUAUAAAAUUGAUAUUGAAUUAAUACUUAAAACUUUCUUUCAAAUCC